UUCCGCCCACUAUAGACGCCACUCUCGCUCACUCGCUAGCGAAAUAACGCAUCGUUUGCUCGCAUCGUGCUCAUCUCGAAGAAGUCUCCAUCGUUCGUCGGGGCCAAAGCCACGGAGCUAUUUUUUUAUGGACUUUUGAGGCGACUUUCACUAGUCACCCGAGCUAUAGGCUAGUCGACGGUCGAGGGUAGAACUAGAACUACAGCUAGUCAGCGGGACAUUCAAUCAUUUCCCGCCGAUAAUUCGUCACUAGGUCUCGCGACAUGGUGGCUUUAACUCUCUAGUGCGAGCCGCUUCAGCUCGCGUCAGCCCGCUCAGGCCACCAAUUGUACAACCACGUACUAUUGGUCUAGAAGAACCUUCCAGAGCCGUGUAUCGUGACAUUAUGCGUCGACUAGAACAGCGCUCACGAGCUGUCUGCUCGAUCUAGAACGAAUCGGAUUUGGAUCGACAUCAAGACCACGACGCGCAGGCAUCCGCAACUAGUUCGUUCCGAAGAUCUCGAGCUGGGUAGAGCAGCCGCAUCAUUUAGUAGGUCGUGCAGCCACGUCAGCUGAGUCGAUCCGCCACCUCAUCAGAGUCGAUCAGCCACGUCAGCGGGGCAAAGCAGCCACCUCAGCUGCUCCUGAUCAUGGCAGCCAGCGCCGCUUCACCGCUAGACCGCGCCGGCCUUCACGACCUCUUCGCGGCCGCUUCGCCGCUAGAGCCGUUACUCGCUUCGUCCGACUCCGAACCAUGGCUGCCCUUCCAAACGCGCAGCCGCUCGCGCAGACGGUUUGGGCUCGCGACGCUUGCCGCGGCGCCGCGAAUCACGCUCUGGCUCACGGUUAUGCUCCUCGUAACGGCCUGGGAGGUUUUCCCGGUGGCUUUGCCAGCCGCGACGGCCCAAUAUUGCAAUCUCUUUGACGGCCGGUGGAUAGUUGACGGCAACCGUCCGCCGUAUCAAGACUCGUGCCCGUUUUUGUUCAAUCUGACCCGUUGCACUACAAACGGGCGACCUGACAACGCGUACGUACGCUACUCGUGGUAUUCGACAGGAUGCAAGAGAGUGGCCCGAUUCAAUCGAACCCAUUUCGGCAAGCUCAUCGCGAACAAGCAGAUCGCCAUCAUCGGCGAUUCGCUCACGAGCGCCAACUUCGUGCCGUCGCUGCUGUGCCAGCUGAACCAGAUGUACUGGGUGAACCCCAAGCCCGAGCUACGCACGUUGGACGGAGGGUGGUCGACCAAGGACGCGCCAGAGGCGGUGGCGUACGUGUACUCUAUCCCGGACCUCAACGCCAAGAUUGUGAUGCUGUGGGACGACUUCCUCGUGCGCAUCAACCAGAAUGCCACCCUGCUGGCCCAAGUGGGGGGAAUAACAGACCCCAAGCCGGCAGACUGCUUAAUCGACGUGACGACGCCCAACCCCCAGUGGGCGCGGUACCUGGACGAGUGGGACGCGGUGCUCUUUGAGACGACCACGCACUGGCGGUCGCUGUCCAAGGGGCCGCGGAUGGUGUACACGAAUGAGAACUGGGGGAAGAUGAGGCUGGAUCAAUACCAGGCGCACAGCCAAGCGUUAACGAGCAUCCGCACGCUGUUUGCCAACAGGAAGAAGGCCGGAAAGGUGCUGCCGGUGCCCUUUUUCAUGACGGCUCCCCCGCAGCACAACGCCAAGAAGAUCGGCGGGAAGGGUGUGUGCGGAUCGCCCGGCCACUUGCUGAACGCCAAAGAGAUGGGCAAGAUGCAGCGCAACAACGUUCAGCUGAAGCUCUUCCUGCCCAUCCAAAAGCGCGUCUUCACUUCGGACUACAACAUUCGCCGCAUGGACAUCACCACUAUCAGCGCCUUCCGACCCGAGGCACAUAUCGGCGGAUUCAUGGGAGGGACGAAGAAGGGCUCAGACUGUCUGCACUGGUGCCAGCCCGGCGUGCCGGACGUGUGGGUGGACCUCUUCUACGAGAUGCUCAGGCGGGAGCCCCUCAUUAAUUCCGAUCCUGACGGCCUCUACGCUCCUCCGCCUCCUCCCAAGCCUAGCCCCAAGCCUAGCCCCAAGCCUAGCCCCAAACCGAGCCCCAAACUGAGCCCCAAGCCUGCUCCCAAACCCAGCCCUAAGCCUGCUCCCAAGCCUGCUCCCAAGCCUGCUCCCAAGCCGAGUCCCAAGCCUGCCCCCAAGCCGUCACCUAAGCCUGCUCCCAAGCCUAGUCCUAAGCCUGUAACCAAGCCUUCCCCACCACCUCCGAAACCAGUUGACCCCUCUCCCCCUCCCUCUGGUGGGUCUACCUUCAAGCCUAGGGAUCCCAUACCCGAUACCACCGGCGCGUUCAAGCGCCGAUAUGCCCUGGGGCUGGGUCAAAGCGACACCGCCUUUGAACCGGCUUCUGAGGCGCUUCAAGAGUCCUCUGGUGGGUCCACCUUCAAGCCUAGGGAUCCCAUACCUGGUGGUAACACUGGCACGUUCAAGCGCCGAUAUGCCCUGGGGCUGGGUCAAGCCGACACUGCUGCUGCGACGGUUAUAGCUAUGAAUGCGGAGGAGCCUGCGGGGCUAAGGUGGAACGGACAACAAGGUGUGGCAAUGGCAGCACAAGGCCCGGUGUUCCCUGGCGUGCGGCACCGGACUGGUAGCGGCAGGAGCAGAGGGCGAUUCCUGCACAAGUGGCAGAGGCAGGGCUGAGGGGUUUGAGCUGAGGGCUAGGGCUGCAGGGAACAGUACCCCUGCUAAAGACUACUGGGGCUGAGAGCCUCUGUUCCCCGCAUUGGCUACCGAGGGUGAUGGCGGGCACGAUGUUGCUGAGGGCAGUUUGCGCAAGCUUUCUGGCCGAAAUAAGAGCACGGGUACUUUCACUGCUCGCAGGUUGUAUAGUACUAGUACCAGCCAGUAUGCGUAGAUAGCGACACGCAUGUGUCGUGGGGCUUCCACCAUUUGCAAUAUGGUAUGAUACUUCACAGGACUACUGAAACUCGGGAGUACUGUACUGUAUAAGUAGGCAGAGAAGUUAUGUUAUAUACCGGUAGCUGCUGUAGCAGCACAUGUGAA